UGAUAGCAUCCAAGGAAUAUUCCGAGCUGAUCAUUAGUUUUCUAUACAUCCUUGGCCAUUUUUGGUACAUGUUUUUCUAUAACUAUUUGGGACAGAAAGUGAUCGAUCAUAGCAGUGAUGUUUUUCACAGAAUAUACAACGUGCAAUGGUAUCUAGCUCCGUUGAAAGCGCAGAAGUUAUUGAUGCUUGUGAUGCAAAGGAGCAUGCGACAUUGCAUAAUCGUCAUUGACGGCUUAUUCAUUCCGUCGUUCGAGGGAUUUGCCACGGAAGAUGACUAUCGCGAUCACUUCACGCGGAAAUAAGGAAAUGAAGGCAUGUGACUUUGGCGACAGAACACGAAUCUAAAGCGCCUGCGUCGAAAAAAAUGGAGAAAAUUGUGUAUAUUAUCACCCCCCAUCAUGUUGCACUGCCAGCAAGAAUGGAUUAUUUAUCUACAAUUCACUCUAAAAACUAUUUUCUUUCAUUAUUCUAUAUACAUAUGCAUGACAUAAUGCAUAUAAUGACUGUAAAAUUGUCUCUUUUUUAAAUUUCUGAUAGCAGCUACGCUAUUCUUUUUGCGAAAAUUGCAUUUAAACUAUCUAUCGUUCUCAGCGUUUUGUAAAAGAAAAUAUUACACAAUACUUAUAAAUAUUAGUAGACACGAGAAUCUCUAUAUAAAUUAUCGGCGGAACAGUAUCUCGAGUAUCGUGCAGACAUGGACUUUGCUGGGAGUCGUUACUAUAGAAUCAAUCAAAUACUAUUAACUUGCCUUGGACUAUGGCCAUAUUAUACACAACGCACGAAAUACGUCUAUUUCAUAUUUGUGUUUCUCCUUUUUUUAUCUUGUAUAUUUUUUCAGGUUUGUCGUCGAUCAGAUCAAUCCGGGUUCGAUAUUUGUUUACAGCUAGUUGUUUAUUCUUAUUGUUUUCGUGAUUUUAAUUGUUUUGUGAUUAAUAAUUUGUUAUGAUA